CCUUGAUCAAAGAUGGAUGAAUUAAAAAAAAAGUUUCCUGGAAGAGAAAAACAAAUUGAUCAACUUGAUUAUGCAACUUCUCAAAGCCUUCAAAUUUUAAAUCAUACACCACAAAGUUUAUUCAUUUAUGGACCACCAUCGACUGGUAAAACAACAGUCAUUACUGAAUUCUUUAAACAUAAUGGAGCCUAUGUUAAUUGUGUUGAAUGUUUUACGCCACGUCUUUUAUUUGAACAUUCACUUGAUCGACUUAUUAAACACAAGCCGACAUUUACAAAUGGAUAUACAACGAGUAGAAAGAUAGAUAAUGUCCAACAGUUUGUAAAGGCUGUUCAAGAGAAUGUUUCAGCUAUAACAAGAACAAAAUACCUGAUAUUGGAUAAAGCAGAAAGGAUUCGUGAUAUGCCAGGAACUAUUUUGCCUGUUCUUUUAAGACUUUCAGAGCUUACAGAGCGUAAUAUUUGUGUUGUGCUGAUUUCCAACAUUGUUUUUGAAAAGUUUCGAGUGAAAGGGGGUGGUGUUGACCCAUAUUUAAUACGAUUUCCAGAUUAUACACGAGAAGAUACAUUGCGUAUCUUACAGCUUGACUUCAAGCCAACUACUAUUGAUUCAAUCAUUGAACUAAAUAAUGAAUUCUACGAGGGCUUUUUAGAAGUCAUUUAUUCCAUCUUCUGUCAUAACUGUAAAGAUUUGAAUGAGUUACGAUAUUUCAGCUCUCUUUUAUUUCCUAUCUAUAUUAAACCACUUCAAGAGGGUCUUGUCGAAAGGCAUGAAAGAGCUAAAUUAUUCAAAUAUGCACAACCUUACUUUGCAGAGGCUACAGAGCAACUUUAUUUACGAGAGAUAUCCAGUGCAGAAUGGAAUAAGAAGCAAAAAAAGUUGGCAAAUGAUGUCUCAGUCUCUCUUGAGCUUCCCUAUUAUACCCGUUUUCUAUUAAUUGCAGCUUAUUUGGCUUCAUAUAAUCCACCUCGAUUUGAUAUUCGUUAUUUUUCAAAGACGGCAUCAGAGGAACGUAAAAAGAAGAGAGGAGGAGGCACACGCAAGACUACAGAUAAACUGGGAGGUAAAAUGCGGCAACAACUAUUAGGUCCUAAAGCUUUCCCUGUGGAGCGUAUGUUGGCUAUCUUUUACAGCAUUAUUGAUGAUGAUACCUUAGAGGACACGGUUGACAUUCAGUUACAGAUUACAAGUUUAGUGACUUUAAGACUCUUAGUACGAACAACAAGUAUGGAUAGAUUAGAUGGAGCUAAAUAUAAAUGUAAUGUAAAUUUUGAAUUUGUACGUGCAGUAGCCAAGUCAGUUAAAUUUGAGAUUGAUAAAUAUCUUUAUGAUUUUUGUUAAUAAUAAUAAAAGUUUUUAUUUUCAGUAAUAAUUAUUUUUUUUUUUUUAAUUUUAAUUCAUUUACUUAUUCAUUAUAAAAUGAACAACUCAUCAACUCCUCCUUUUGUUCCUCCACCACAAACACCCUCUGCAAUUCCUAUCGUCGCGCCAAUUAACAAUACUACAGAAAAAGAAGAAAACAAAUGUAAUUUAAUUUUAAAUAAUCAUGUAUAUAACUGGAUUGUUUACCAUGUAAAACAUAGCUUCAUCAAGUACAACUACAGAA